GAUCACAACAACCAUGUUCAAAUUGCUCUUCUUCUUUGCCUUGUUGGCCGUCGCCGCUUUGGCCCUUCCUGCGCCUCAGCCAAACCCUCAGUUCUACGCUGUGGGAGCCGUACCUGCGUACUCCUACGCUGCCUAUCCCUAUGCCUAUGGAGUAGGCACCUACCUGUACUAAGGGCUCUGGACCUCGAUGAAACUACGGCCACGUAUUCUUGUUUUUAUUAUUAGUGCGUUUGUUUAAUAGAUGUCUGCUCUGUAAUAUGUAAAAAAAAAUAAAAAAAUCUCCGA